UGGUACAGACGACCCACAAGGGAAUCUAGUCUCACCGGGCGAUUGGCGGUCAUGGCGCUUGACAGGGUUUUGACCAUAGACACAUGCAAUCUAAAUACAAAACUUUUUUAUUAUGAAGAAGAGAAUCUGAUAAAUGUGAGAUAUGCAAACCUAAAGAGAAUGUAAAAUGUGCUAAAAUGUAAGAUGAUGCAGAAAGAGAGAGACUUCAUACAAGAUGGGUCUAAAUGAUAAGCCAGAGGCUGGGUCAUUGUGGUUUUAACAAGUGCCUGUAUGUUAUAGGCAGUAGUUAAACAUGUACUUUUAGUGUGCCACUGUGCCCGAAAUACAGUGCAGAAAGGGCAUCAUUCUUUAAAUAUCUAUCAGAUUUAGGAAUUUCUGUCUUUCCUCUUAAAUCUAUCCUUGGCCGAAACGAUAAUCAUCAGCUCAUUGAAAGAAAAGUUGUGCAGUUUUUUUACGUAACUGAAAACGCGAGCCGAUAUUAUUGCUUUGACCAGUGGAGGGCAGUAAUACGCAUAUUAGCGUGUACACUGCCGGAAAAUCACAAGAAGAAGAAGAAGAAGACGAAGAAGAAGAAAGAAAGAAGAAGAAGAAGAAGGAGGGUUCAGCAGGUCACGGCAUAGAUAUAGAUGUAUGUAUGUCUAUGGUUCACGGCAGCUUUAGUAAUAAACACGUGCGAGUUGAAAUUGUUUUAAGGUGCGGGUGUGGGGCUGGUUCCCUUGUGCAGUUCUGAUGGAGAAUUAUCAGAAAGCGCGCACAGUGGAGCAGCCUUUCCCCUGCCAGUUCCCUGGAUUGGCCAGUGAUACCCCCGAGGUUAGGGUGAAGGAGGGCAGCAAGAUCCGCAACCUGAUGGGCUUCGCCAUGGGCCGCAUGGAGGCCGAUACAUGCCGGCAGAUCCUCUUCUCUGGUGCUGGUAAAAGCAUUGCAAAGGCUAUCACUUGUACUGAGAUCCUUAAACGACGUAUGCGUGGCCUGCAUCAGUACACCCAGCUGCUGUACCGCACUGUACAGGAGGUGUGGGAACCCCUGGAGCCUGGUGCAGGCCUGGAUAGCCUCACUGUCAGCAGAAAUGUGCCUGCCAUUUGGGUACUGCUUUCCAAGGACCCCCUUGACAACACCCAGCCAGGGUACCAGGCACCCGGUUCCUUCAACACCCUGUGGGCACAGGCUGCCAGAGAGGAGGAGGCAGGGCCGGGGCAGAGGAGAAAGAGAGGUGCUGGUAGGGGAAAAGGGGGCUCCGUCAGGCAAGCAGGGGGUCGGGAAUAUUCUAAAAAAGACAACCGUGGAGGGGUCAUGUAAGAUUGUGAACAGCACAUUUUGGGAGCAGGUGGAGAACUUGUUGAUGAGCUGGUGUCCACCUCAGUGUCAUGCGAUUGCUGACUGUGCUGAAACUCAUCCCUUCCUGUUCAUACAUUUAUUCACUGGGGUGGCGGAAACACAAAGCCAAUGUUGCCAAAUAUUCAGACCAGAAUUUUUCCAAAAUGGUUCUUGUGGAUGGGUGUUAUUUGCUCUUGGCAGGACUUGCAUUUUUUGAGGGAAGUAUUUUCCACAUAUUUCAGUUAUUUUUGACAAUUAUGACAAACUCAUGCUCAGCUCAUGGACUUCUUAAUUGUUGACUCAUGUUUCUUAGUUUUACUUUUCAUUUUGUGUUUUCGUGAGAUUUUGUAAGAAUGGUUUACAAGACUAAUUCUGGUGGAAAAAGUCCAUGUUGGCAACUCCGGACGGAACCUUCUUUGAAUGUCUGAAGGUCAAUGUAGGUGAACAAUUACAACGAAUUGCCGAAUUAAGAAAUAAUUUGAUCUUUGAGUUGUAGAGACAGCGUAGUAAUGUUUUUUUUUAAGUAUUGGAAUUUUGUUUGUGUUUUUUGAAAUUUUUUGGGGGAUUUUGUUCUUUGUCAAGUACAAAUUAAAUGUACAGAUUUACAUAACUUUUUUAAAUUGAGUUUUGUUUUUUCAAGUGCAAAUUAAGUUUGAUUACAGUGGAUGCAUGGUUUAUUUGUUCUAUUGCGGUUUUAAAUUGUCUUUUGAUCUGAAAUCCAAAAGUAGGCUAUAUAGCAAAAAUAACAAAUUUCACUCUACUGUUACCAUACUUAGGGAGGGGGCCACACACACACACACACACACACACACAGUGCAGUAGGUAUUUUGACAGUGAUACAGUUUUAGUUGUGUUUGCUCUGUGUUCCAGCAUAUUUGAUUUGAAAUUAGAUAAUGAUUAUGAGAUUAAAGUGCAGGCUGUCGGCUAUAAUUCGAGGAUAUUUACAUCCAUACCCUGUGACGCAUUUAGGAAUUACAGUGUUUUUAAACAUGGUCCCUCCAAAUUUUCAUAAUCUAAAAUACCGACCCGGAUCUGAUCAUUUUUCCACUCUAGGUUGAUCUUCUAGUCACUGAUCGGAAAGAAUUGUUUGGCAUCUUCAAAAAAAAUUAUAUACCAGGUGAAGUUUCUUGUUUAAUUUUUUUAAUAGAUGUGGUCUGGGGAGAUUAAUGGUAUACUCAAACACCUAGCAAAUGGCAUACAGAGACAAGAUGGUGUUUCUAAAAAGUAUUUGUACAGAAAUGUUUAUUUUUAAUAAAGCAUAAAUACACGUUGCA